AUGGCGAUGCGCGCUCCUCAGAUCUGGAGUCUCCCCUCCCGCCUCCACCAAACGUUCACCGUCUCCAAGCAAUGCAUUCGAAGCCUACAUCGCAAAACCGCACCUUCAGUGCCUGCUCCAACCCCAUUCGUCCCCGAUGUCCAAACAUUCCUCACCCUCAUCGGACGUGACAUGUCCAAGCAAGCCAGCAAAAUUCCUUCCUGGGAAAGCCUCUUCACGUCCACCUCGACCCAGCUGCGUGAAAUGGGCAUCGAGCCCGCCCGUCAGCGCCGUUACCUGAUCCGCAAGCGGGAGAAAUUCCGCAACGGCAUCUACGGACCCGGUGGUGAUCUGGAGCAAGUCGUCGACGGAGUGGCUCAAUUGCGUGUCGUCGAGGUCCCCCGCGAGGCUGGCAGCGUGGAAAAGGCCACUGCCACCGCGCCUGCAGACGCUGCCGUCGAGACCAUCACCAGCUCGGCAACAUUGACACCAGGAAUGAGAAAGAUGAUUGUCAAUCUGGCUCCCGAGGCCACGGAAUACAAGCACAGCCCGUCGGCGGUGUUGAAGAAGUUUGCCCACAUGAAGAUCCAUCGGGGCUCCAAGAUCAUGGGUCCCUUCUUACAGCCUAUCAAGGGGACUCAUGGAUCGGCAGCGACGAUUACCGUGCAGCCUGGUAUGUGGGAGGACAAGCGAGGACACAAGGUGGAUGGUGGUGAGCGACGACGGGUUGAGGUGCGGGCGAAGAAGAGACUCGAGGAAAGGAGGAAGGCGUAA